GUGACUCUUGCUGUCAGUUAGGUCCACUACCAAGAUUCAACUUCCUGUCUCCCGACCUUCUGGCCAUUCUAGGAGAGACAAGCGCUGGGCCUCUUGGCCUGGGUUCAAAGCCUGAUUCUGCUUCCUGUUGGCUGGCAAUGUGUGCAAGUUACAUCAGCCCUCAGUGCAGCAGUUUCUGUGUCUGAAGACUUCCCCAUUAGCCUGCCCCCUGUUAGCAUUACAGCCGUGUUUGCUAUAAUUAUUUACAAGUGAGGACAGAGGCAAACAGGGGAACAGGUGAGUGCCCUAGGUCACCAAGCUGCUACGGGAUGUGGCUCCAAAGCCUGCAGUUCUCACCCUGCAUCCCCAAUUCCUCCUGCCCCUGACCGGGACCAGAGUAGAAUACAGGAAGUCAAGAGCUGUUCUCAAGGAGGAGCUGACUUCAAGUUCAUGUUCAACACAGCCAACCAGCUGUUUCCUACAGAGGAAGGAUCAGUGAGAGGACCAGGAGGGACAAGGAGGCUGUGGGCCCUGUUGCCGGAACACUUUCAGUUUUGUUUCUCUGCCUGCAAGAACUGAAACUUAAAACAGAAAGACUCCGGAGAUCCAAACAUGGAGGAAGCCUACCAGGUGUGCAGGAACUGCAAAAGAAGGGUGGCCUCCAACCUCCUGGCCCUCCAUGAGGCCCACUGCCUGGUAUUUCUGGUCCUCUGCCCAGAGUGCAAGGAACACGUCCUAUGGGAUAAGAUGGAAGAACACCGCCAGGGCGGGCACCAGCAGGUGGGAUGCGCCACAUGUCAGCAGAGCAUGCCGAAGGACUUGCUGGAGAGUCAUAAGCUCUCUCUUCUCUCCCAAGCAGGCCUGGAACUAGCUUAUCACAGCAACACAGGGCUUCCUGCCCCCAGACACUGGUCAGAAGGGACUGCCAGGGUCCGAGACAGCUCAUGUUCCCCUUGCAAGGAGAAGCCCCUCUCCCACAACCCUCUCCCACCCCCCACCCUCUAGUCUUUCCCACCUGCUUUCUCUUACUGGCUUCA